ACAAGCGUUGCGAGCCGAGUUUAAAGUGGCGUCGAACCAAAUAUUCUCAAGUUUAGCAUUAUGUGAAUCAUCUAUAUGAUAUUUCACGUUAUCUGUUGCUCAGUGAAGUGAAGCCACGAUGCCGACGAGUUCACCUCCUCUAACGAAACUCACAGAAGGAUGUCGGGUUCCCGUUCACAUGAGCGGAACAGAGUGGCCGAUCGCCGAAGUUCUUUCGACUCGGAGAGAGGAUUCGGAUAAUUCGAUGUUAUACUAUGUCCACUAUGUGGGCUUCAAUAAACGUCUGGACGAAUGGGUACCGCCAGAGCGCAUCGACUUCACUCGAAUCACGCAACCGAAACUCAAAACCAACAAUAAGCAACAAGAUGCGCCGGGGAGUAUCGCAACGGUGUCACGGCCAUCGAGUCCAGACAUAUCCGCGCCGGCUACCCCCGAAAGUUGGGCCGACCGAGGCACUCCCACCACGAAGGAGAAUGGGCUAAUCGCACAGAAGGGUCGGAAACGGCCCAUGAAAAUGGAUGAAGACUCACAGUCGUCGAAAGAUGUGCCUCCCGCGAAAUGUCCGCGGAUUGCUCCUUUCGCUAAGGAUAGCCCAGCCAACGGCCAGGCUAAAGAAGAUGGGCCCACUCCACCGCAGGGCGCACCUCUAGCGCGACCGUCUGGAUCUGGAUCUCUAGUAGCUCAUAACGACAGUGAUAUUAUAACUCGUAUGAAGAAUAUCGAGAUGAUAGAACUAGGAAAACAUCGUAUUACACCCUGGUACUUCAGUCCGUACCCUCAGGAAAUGGUGAACGGCUGCAUUCACCUCUGUGAAUAUUGCCUGAAGUUUGUAAAGUCUCGGAAAUGUCUCCAACGACAUCUCCAAAAAUGCACACUACGACAUCCGCCGGGGAACGAAAUCUACCGGAAAGGCUCGUUAUCGUUUUUUGAAAUCGACGGCAGAAAAAACAAAACCUACGCUCAAAACCUCUGCUUGUUGGCCAAGUGUUUUCUAGAUCACAAAACGUUAUACUACGAUACCGAGCCCUUCCUGUUCUACGUGAUGACGGAGCAAGACAGCAAGGGCUUUCACAUCGUAGGCUAUUUCUCGAAGGAGAAAGAGUCCGCCGAGGACUACAACGUCGCUUGUAUCCUCACACUGCCAUCGUAUCAACGACGGGGCUACGGGAAGCUGCUCAUCGAGUUCUCGUACGAACUGAGCAAAUUCGAGGGCAAGACCGGCUCACCCGAGAAGCCAUUGUCCGAUCUCGGCCUUCUGUCCUACAGAAGUUAUUGGGCUGAGGCCAUCCUGGAGAUUCUCAUCAACAUGAAGAGCAACGAGAAUUGCGAUGAAAAACCGUCCACUACCAUCAACGAAAUUUGCGAGUUGACCUCUAUCAAGAAAGAGGACGUCAUCUCAACUCUGACCUACCUUAAUCUCAUCAACUAUUACAAGGGCCAGUACAUCAUAACGCUGGGCCGGGACGUUCUCGACACGUACGAACGCGCCGUGUCAAAGCGGAAGAUUCGCAUCGAUGCGAAGUGUUUGCACUGGACGCCGAAAGAUUGGACUAAACGGGGUCGGUGAGAUAGGUUCUC